AUGGAAUCUAGGACCGAUAACGGCUCCGCCCUGAGCUGUUCAUUCCUUUCAGAAACUGAAGUCCAGCCCGUCCAUGAGGAGUCGGUAAGCCUCACUGAGAAUGUAAGACAUGAAGAUUCAUCCCUCAGAGAUGACCCUGCCACAAUAGCAGCUAGCGAAGAGCUAAAGCACGCUACACUUUCAGAUAAAUCCUCUUAUAGUUUACGGUCAGGUAAGUAUUCUGAAGUAGCCGAAAUUUCAGAGGUUGGAAAAAAUGAUGAAAAAGAUAACAUAAAAGUUAUCCACACAAAAAGAAGCUUAUCGCCACUCGCGAUAGAUGUGAACUCCAAGGAAAAUCCGACAAGGAACGUUAUACCAUUAGUAAAAAAGAGAAGUCGAGACCAAGAUGAAGAACUCAAAGACCAAAAUAUCAGUAUUCCACCUGAGCGAGAGCACAUCAAUGAGAAUUUAGGAAACGGCAGUCGAACGACAAGAUUGGAGCCCGAAAAGAAACGUCCGCGUGACGCCUCUCAGGAUCGUCUCUCAGAAGGCUCAUCCGAAAUAAAGGAUCCUACCUCUGUAGAGGCUCUAGAAAUAAAAACGGACGCCAAAAAAAAUUAUAUUGAAGAAACUAGUAAUCUACCAAUAGAACCCAAAACUACGGAAGCACCCAAAGAUCCUGCAAUAUCUUUUGCCAAUUCUGCAUUUGCCUCCUUGGCAAAUUCAACCAUUUCACCGUUCGGAUGCUUAGGAAACUCAAAAAAAAGUAUAUUCAGCAGUAGCAGCAAUGGUGAUGAAAGUAAAUCUGUAUCCGAUGUAACAAAUAACCUAAGUUCUCCGGGUAAAACAAGUUUUAACGGCACAAAUAGCUUUGUACACGACUCUAAUGAUAAUAACAGCACAGGCCUUAGUUUCUCCAAUAGCAUUAAAUCCAGUUUUGCUACCCAUACCAAUGGAAGUAUGUUUGGCUCAAGCCUAGGGUCUGGAUUCGCCAGUAGUGUUGGGCCUAAGUUAUCAAGCUUUGCCGCUCCUGAAUCUAAGAGCCUUUCCAUCGGCAUAAAACGACCCAAGGCUUUCGGGGCGCCAGAGAGCGAAGAAAAUGGAUGCGAGAGUAAUGAUUCUCGCCCCAGUGUCGAGGAUGAAGAGAACGCCACUGUUGGAUUAGAACUGAAAAGUAAUAAAACCGCCAAGGUUUAUAUCGAUGAUGGAGAAGCUGAAGAAGCUACUUUACUUCAAAUUAGAGCUAAGCUUUUUGCCCUAGAGUCCAAAGACGCUGGUUGGAAAGAACGAGGCGUAGGGACACUAAAAAUUAACGCCCCAAAAACAUGUGUCAGUUAUGACGAAAAUGGUUCGGUUAUCUCAGGCUCUUUUCGAUUUACUGGCUCUGUGGAUAUUUCGAAAGAGCAAGAAACAUCUUGCGCUGCUCGCCUUAUCAUGCGACAAGAAAAUACGCACCGAGUUGUACUGAAUACGAUUAUUCUACCAGAAAUGACAUUCGAAAAUAAGAAUGCAACCUCAUCAUCCCAGCUCGUCUUCACGGCUUUCGAGGGCGACAAGGAAUUAAAACCCAUUAUGAUGCUUCUCAAGAUGUCAGAAGCCAAUGCCAAAUUAUUUAAGUCUGAAGUCAAUUCUAUCAAGAAACAACUUUCAUAG